AUGGAGUAUCACCACCGGCAUAUGGAGCAGCCAGGUCAGCUGCAGAGCCAGGCCUCUCAAUGGGGCUAUGGCUGGGGACCACCAGCACCAGCUCCAGCUCCACCUGCGCCUGCGCAACGUAAUAAGAGAACUCACUCCGAGAGUGAGGAUGAUGCCUUCUCUGAAGAAAGUAGUAAAGAUGCGCAGUCUCCAGGAGGUGACUCAUGCCAGUUGAUGACGAGAAAGCGUCGUCGAGGAGUCAUAGAGAAGAAGCGACGAGAUCGCAUCAACACUUCUCUGACGGAACUGAAGAGGCUGGUGCCGGCAGCUUGUGAGAAACAAGGCAGUGCGAAACUGGAAAAGGCAGAAAUCCUGCAGCUCACGGUGGACCACUUGAAAAUGUUACAUGCUAAAGGACUCGAUACAUUUGCUUACGACCCUCAACGCUAUGCGAUGGACUACCACAAUAUCGGAUUUCGGGAGUGUGCCGCUGAGGUGGCGCGGUAUCUAGUCAGCUGCGAAGGUUUAGAUAUACAAGACCCUCUGCGACUGCGUCUUAUGAGCCAUCUCCAGUGCUUCGCCGCCCAAAGAGAACUAGCCGCAAAGUCAACGAACUGGGGAUAUCCGCAAUAUCCCACUACACCAGUCCCUCAGCCGCAGCACGGGUAUACAGAUCUAGGAGGGCCCAGACAGGACAUACCAGUGACAUCAGCGGCGACGACAGUAGCAGCACCAACUGCCAUGUCAGCGAUCGCUGCUCCCUUAGCAGCUGCUCCUAGUUAUCCUCACUACCCUACUCCUCCUGCGCCCCCGGGACCUCCUGGUCCGCACCCUGCACCUCCAGCUCCCCACUAUCCAACUCCAUACCCUCACCAUCCACCUCAUCAUCAGUACUCUCAGAACAGUUCGAAGCCCUACAGGCCGUGGGGUGCUGAACUAGCUUAUUAGGAGUGUACAAAUUAUAAUACUUAUCAGAAUUAUUGUCUUGUGGCUGGAUAACAAAGAAUGAGUACAUUUCAGUGGUCCAUCGAACCGUUUUGCUUUCAAAGGCUCACUUUGCACUUUCGUACCGACUGUUUGAAGGGGUUUUGACAUUCCACUCGAGUGCUUUGACCUUUCCUUGCAUUGCUUUUGACCCCGUCCUCUCUAAAUUCGUUCCGUAAAUGGUUUCAAGAAAUAAAGUGUACUGUGUAUGUAAUUCCAUUCUAUGUCCCCCAGCCACAGGACCUUGUUGUAUCGAUCUCAGAGUUUAAAAUAUCUAAAUUAUAUUUUUGGAGACUGUACCUACUGUUGUAAAAUAUUUUUAUAUAAAAUAUUAU